AUGGAUUCGGACGAGCAGAGCGCAAUUUUCAAGCAAAAGUACCUCGCAAGAGGACAAGGGGAUGCAGCUACCAAGGAUUACAUUGCUCGAAAGUACCUUUCGUCGUCAAGCAGUCAAUUACAGAAGAAGAAAAAGAAAUCCAGAACAAUGAUUCAGAAAGGAAAUCUGGAUAUCUUCGACGAAGAUGUUGCUGAUUGGAAGAAUACGGAAUCAACAACUGAUGGCAAAAGGAAGAAACGACCACGUGAGCAACAUCAACUGGGUGACUUCAACUCUACGGGCAGUGUCAGCUACAACAAAGGAAUACCCUCAACAGCUGUUGACAGUUGGCAGUUGAUACGGGAAGAAGACCAAGAGGAUUUAGAAGAUGAACAACCUGUUAUCGUUACGGAGGAUGCAUCCUCUUCUCGACCAAAAAUGACGAGCGGACAGAAAGCGGGUUUACUGAAAAGCGAAGAACUCAAGCAUGAAGCGAUCAAGGCCAAGAUUGCAGAGCAACGCAUGAUCGAGAAACUAAAAGAGGGAGACUCAGGACGUUUUGCUGAUACAGUUCGUCGUGAUGAAACUGGUCGUGUCAUCGAUCCAAAAGUUAAGAAGGCGAAAGAAGCACAAGCGAGAAAGGAUGCCAUGGAAAAAGAAGAGCAGCGGAUGGAAUGGGGAAAAGGGUUGGUUCAACGGAGCGAAGUGCAAAAAAAGUCGCAACAACUUGCAGAAGAGAAAGACAAACCGCUAGCCAGAUACGUGGAUGAUUUAGAAUACAAUCAAGGGCUAAAAGACACGCAACGAUGGAAUGAUCCGGCUGCAGGAUUCUUGACGAGUCGAAGCCGGUCGACGACAAAUUUGGUUCGCCCUACUUACAAAGGCUCAUGGAAGCCAAAUCGAUAUAUGAUUCAGCCUGGAUAUCGAUGGGACGGCGUCGAUCGCUCCAAUGGUUUUGAAGACCAUUUUCUAUUAAACUUAAACCAGAAACAAGCACGGGCAGUCGAAGCGCAUGCGUGGUCGACCGAGGAUAUGUAG